AUGGCUGUACCCGCUCACGCCCCUUUAGAGGACGAAGAGAAGCAAAACCCAACACCAUCAACAUCUCCUUCCUCAUCACCCGCUGAAUCCAUCAUUGUCGAUCUCGAGGAGAACUCGCCUGGCUACGAUGUCUCAACUAUACAGAAAUGCCUCGUGGUCUUCACAACAAGCUUUGUCACCUUGACGGCAUGCUUCAGCAGCACAUCUCUCUUCUCUGCAGCAGACAAUAUUGCAAAAGAGUUUCAAACGGAUGCCCUGACAAUCAACUACUCCAGUGCUGGGAUCUUACUAGCUAUGGGCUUUUCAAACUUUGUUUGGGGACCACUCAUACCGCUCUGGGGACGCCUCUACGCUUGGAACAUCUGCAUCAUCGCCCUCCUAGCAUGCACACUCGCUGCAAGCUUCGCUCCUAACCUGGAAACGUUCAUUGCCUUUCGCGUGCUGUCCGGCUUUCAAGGAACAUUCUUCCACGUCACUGGACAAGCCAUUUUAGCUGAAUACUUCCCACCUGUCAAGCGAGGCACUGCGACGGGCUUCUUUCUCUGCGGCACCGUCCUCGGACCACCACUCGGUCCUCUUGUAGCAGGAGUCAUCACAACCUUUACCACCUGGCGGGUCAUCCUUUGGGUCCAAUGUGGCAUGAUAGCGAUCGGCCUUGCCUUUUCGUUGGUAUUUCUACGCAAAGGUGGUAAGCCCGCGACGCUGAAGCAUCCUUCGUUUGGAGAUGUUGUCCGCAUCUGGAAUCCGAUGAGGGUGCUCAGUCUCAUGCGCUAUCCCAAUCUCCUUCUCACAGAUCUCGCCUGUGGACUGCUCAGUUGGUCACAAUACGCACUGCUGUCCUCUCCAAGACACAUUCUAGUCACCCAAUACAACUUGAACUCUCCACUCAUCUCUGGCCUCUUCUACUUAUCUCCAGCUGGCGGCUUCCUCGUUGGCACACUCAUUGGUGGACGCUUCUCAGACCGUACGGUCAAGCAGUGGAUCGAGAAUCGGAAUGGUCUACGUCUACCGCRAGACAGACUUCGCAGUGGCUUUGUCAGUUGGUUCUUGAUCAUUCCGGCUGCGUCACUCGUCUUCGGUUGGGGAAUCAACCAAAAGGUAGGCGGAUUGGCUCUACCAAUCGUGUCUGCAUUCUUCACAGCGGCGGGUAUUCUUGCAGCCUUUGCAGGUUUGAACACCUACUGUGCAGAGGUAAUGCCGUUAAGCCGGCAGGAAGCCAUUGCGAGCAAGUAUAUCGUACAAUACACCUUUUCGGCGAUUGYCACAGCCUUUGCAGUGCCACUCGCAGAUUCUGUUGGUGUUGGACUUCAAUCCACCGUCAGUGUGAUCUUUGUUUACAUUGCAGGAGGUCUUUGUGUGCUAGUGGCUCUUCGAGGCAUCAACAUGCAGAAUUGGGUGGACAAGCGGUGGCCAACAAAAGGAAUGGUGUCCCAGGCCGCUGACAGUGCGUACGAUGGCCCUGCUCUCGAGCAUGUAAGAUCUGCUCCUUGA